GCUUUGGCUAAAAGCUUUGCUGUUUGGCCGGACUGACCGUCCUCUGUUAAGUUGCCAACGGUAAGUACAUUCCUUUUCAAACAAGUAUUGACAUUAUAGCUAAACGACAUUAUUAUUAUUAUUAUUACUAGUAAUAGUUGACACUACAGCUGCCCCCGUUCUUUAUAUUGUCGGUCAAUAGUAUUCUUCCUGGUUGGGUCGCUCUUUGAGAUAUACCGAUUCAUAAUGAAGAUUUUCACACAUAUUUCAUACAGUAGGUGAGAUAAAUACAAGAAACGGAAGGUACCAUGCAGAGUUUCAGCUCGAUUUACACAGCUUUGAUCAAAACAUUCUCAGUUUCGAGAAUAGUUUAUUGUAAACCAUAAGAAAAUAUUUAAUUAGAAGUUGAAUUUUUCGCUAUUUCUCUUUCACUUUUUACAUUCAGUUCAUUUUACUUGCCGGAAAGUAAGCCUUAGAAAUUAAAAGGACGUUUGAUCGAUUCACGCUCGCGCAUCCUAGUCCUAUUGAAACUUCAUAACGGAAGGACAUCUUUGACUAGGGAAAAAGUCAGCACAGAAUUUGAUUGUCGGCGAAUUUCUGUAAUUGUCAAUCAAUCUGCUAGUUAUAAGCUAGCCGUUGUUCACUCGUCUUGCUUGUUUGGGGCUGAGUCUUAUUCCGGUCAAAGAGAGAGAAAGAGUGUCUGGCAAGGUUUCCAGUGUAAAUCAAAGAUUUGUGCACUCAUGUCUGGCAAACUCUCCAAGUGUUUAUAUAUACACAGUUAAACACACCUUAUAACCUCAUCUGCGCUUAACGAGUGUCUUUUGGUCCAUAACUUUCAAGACAACUGCUCCACAGAAUGUCACUGGGUAACGCAAAAGAGUAUCGAAGUAUGACUGCACAAUAAAUGUCACAAAAUCUACCUGAGCGUCCCUUCGGGAUUUUCUGUCUUUACGUCAUCCUAACCAUUUUGUACUUGCGGGCGCAAACAAUAGAAACGUCAUCAUUACCUACCGAUUCCCCACGGCCCCUGUUCGAGCAAAUCGAGAUUUUUUCUAGUAUACCGACUGUAUAUUUGAACUGUAAGUACUGUCCUUAAUAUACGCGCGAGUUACUAGGGUGCCUCCUCGGGAUUUCGCCUCUGGGCGAAAUCCCUGCGGGGGCAAUAAUUAUUACUAUCUUUUAGAACCAGUUCAUACGUCGCGCUUCAGCCAUGACAAAUUUUUUUAAAGUAAGUUCGCAAAACAUAAGCAUGGCACUAAGCACAAAUUCGGCAAGCUCUUCCUUGCUACACGACUCUGGCACUGCAGUGAUUCAAACAAUGUGCUUAUGCUGUGUCGAACUAAAUUCAUACUUUCACAAUUGUCUUUUGGCGGGGUUUGUGGUACAGCGCCAUUUUUCGCUUCAAUUACCACUGACUUCUCACACAAUUUCUGGCAAGACGUUUCAAUUAGUUGUGGUUCUUUUGAAUGUCAGACAACUACCCCCAGGACAAUAUUAGCCUCAGAUCGACUACUUGCCCCCAAUCCCUAGAUGAUUAGCCCCCAAUAUAAAAACACUAUGUUUCUCUCAAAGAGUUUAUUCCACUAAAGGGGUUGGGGGGGGGGGAAUUGGAGUUUACGGUAUUGCGGUAUUUUUGAGCUUUUUUUCAAGCGGUAUUUCAGUAACUUAAUUUAAAGUUUAAAGUGCAGUAUUGUGGUAUCUGACAGCUAGCCCUUUCAUCCUUUCGUGGGUCUCAUGACUAUUUGCAAGCUCACAAAGCAUUCUGACACAUGCAGUGUCUUUUGACUUGCUGAGUGAAGAGUUAGAUCAUUGUUUCCAUGAUAAAAAGGCAAUUUAGCAUGAGCAAAUCAAUACUUUGUGUCUAGAGCUACAGCCACGAGAUGUUUUGCAGGACAGUUUCACAACACUACAUUCACUCAACUUGUAAAUUAUUUUAAUAAUUUGACUUUAUAAAAUAUUUUCAAGAUUUAAGCCAGUAUAAUGUAUAGAAAUGUGCAAAAACAACAAACAUGUCUGUGGAAGGUUUCGAAUUUCACUCAACGUUGUUUUGUCGGUAUGCAAGUAUUUUAUCCUUGUUAUCAAACUGAAAUAAAUUUUUUUUACAACUUUUUGCUCUGUUUCAUUUUUUAUUAAAACUAUGCUCUUUCAAAAGGGAAAACCUUUGAAGAAACAUUUCCUGUUUAUUUUGCUUUGCUUUAUACACAUUUGCAAAUUAUCAUUCCUUCAGAAGAUUUUGCUGGAGAGAAAAAUAUCACCUUUGAUUUCUCAAUUGCAAAGCAAUUUAUUGAAUUCACAAAAAAUACCCCAACAGAGGCUAUUCAUGCUGAUUAUGUCAGGAAAAAGGUGGUGAAAAUUUGCCCAGCUCUGCAGUGCUAAAAAUAUCAUGCAAGCUGAUUUUGAGAACAAAAUGAUGAACUGAAAAAGAUUUCCAGUACUCCAAAACAAGAAAGCUAUUGCAUCCUCACAAUCUCUCAUUUACAAAGUGCCAAAAUCAUGUAUUGAGGCAAACGAAAAGAGGAACCGCUUAUCUUUAUCAAACUUUUCACAUUGCUUUGAUUACAGUGAUAAGGUCAUGUGAUAUUCACUGUGACUAUAUGAGAAGCUGAUAACAAAACAGAACCAAGAGGAAAUCUGCUAAGAUUUAAAAAACUGUUGUACAAGAAAAGCUAUCGCCAAAUUUAUAUUGCAACUCUGGUAUGUGUGUUUCAAGGUAAUGAGGACGUUAAUCCCUUCGCACAUGUAAAGGCAAAUAUGACUUCAGCAAUAAAGUAAAUGAAGGGCUUAUUGAAACAUCUCAUAUUUUGCAAAUUGUGGAAUGCAAAGGAAACUUAUGAAAUUUUAACCUAUUUCAACAUUUUCUUAAUGAUUAUUUAUUUUCUUUGGCAGAAAUCAGACAUGUAAAAAAUGUCUACUUUGUUCCCAGCAGUUUCUUUUGCAUGACACAUUAUGUCUUGCAUAACAGAGCAAUAAUUUAUGUUCCUUUCAGCAAACAAUGAAACUUUUAAACCAAUAUCUAGCCAUAACUGUGGCUACCAAGCAGCUCAGAGCUUGACAGUAGCCUUAAAGUUGCUUCAUUUCUCUUUACUAAUAAAAUUUCCAGACAACAUUCUUGAUUGCCAACAUUUUGACAUACACUGUACAGGGCUGUCAACCCCCCACAUUUUCAAAUAUUGAGAAUUAAUAGGGAAGGGAUGAUAAAUUGUAGAUGACAUCAUAUCACAUGCCACAUGAUGUCAUUUGUGCAAAAAAUAAUUGUUGACGCUGAUCGACAUAAUAGCCCAUAAAACAGUUCAUAUGAAGCCACAUUAUUGCUUAAAUUACAACUUGGCAUGCCGGAGUUUGUGAGGAAACAUUCCAUGUUAGUAGUACAUGUAAAAUAGCUCAAAUAUUUAAAAUUUUAUGGUUGGGAUGUCAAGUCUACAAGAAAUGACAAACUUCGUUGAUUAUGCGGGAGAUUUCAGACUCUAAUCUGGAGACUAGGAGACAUGGUUCAAAAUCUGUAGUCUCCCGGAUUAUCCGGGAGAGUUGACAGCACUGACUGUAGCACAGUUAUUUAGUGUGGGCUGAUAAAAUAAUAUUCUUUGACUCUGUGCUAUGCUACCCAAUACCUCACUGGAGGCAAGGUUAGUCAUUUCCAGAUCUCCACUUCCUUGCUAUCUGGUCAGUGGCUAACAGCAGUAUCCCCUCCCCUUCCCCCUGCAUGCAGUGUUGUAGAAUAUGUACAGGUUUCUACGGUGGAGCCUAACUCUAAGUAAAGACCUUGUUUGAUCAAGCACAUCACAUGUAAUCAUAUUUCUAAGGGGCUGUUUACAUGGAGGGGGGAAGAUCCAGAAGGUGGAUCAUCCUAGCACAUAUGUUUUCUGUGUUUAGUUUACAUGCAAAGGAUUGACUUGUGCCCGGGCUACAUGUAGGAUCUUCCAAGUACAAGGGAUAUGCCAGCACCAUGUCAACUGCCUUCACUAGGAAGAAUCCUACAUGAAAUGCUACAAUCCCGGACAAAACUACUUGAGAAAGUUUUCCCCAUCAUGUCCACUUUCCUACGCAACAAAACUAUUUCCAAAACGACGCCUUUGCGGAAAGAAAACCCCUUCCCCCAAUUCAAUGUUGCUUCCCACAAACGCCCAGGGAUCAGGCUUUCUUUUGAAUACACAACAACAUUGCUUUCAGGGGAGGAAGGAGAGGGAAGAACUGGUACAGCUACGAUAUUUAGAAAAAUGCUGUCCAAGUAUACAAUUUUCUUAACAGAUUUGAUCUUAAUCAAUGAAGAACAACAUUGUCUAGGGGAGAGGGAGAACAUCUGUUGCUCCUGUGUUGUUUUGCAUAAAUGGUUGACAAACCAAAAAGAAAAUGUUUGUCACUAUGUUUCUGUACUCCAUGAGAAACCGAAAAAAAUAAUUGCCUCAUUUUGUAACUUGGUGGCACGUUCGAAUUUUCUAGGUAAUGUUCUUGCACAAAGCCUUUCCUUAAGUUAGGGCCUAACUCAUGGAAUUCUCUUAAAGAUAAUGCUAUUAAUUUAUUAUAUUAUCUGAGGAUCUUAGUUCUUUUAAAAACCUACGUGUGGCAUUUUACCUUUUAUCUAAUUUUUCAUUCACAAUUAUUUUUAUUUUAUUUUGUAUUUUUCCCUUUUUUUAAAAUUUUACUUUGUCUUCACUUUUCCUUCAAAUUUGUUUUUGUUUUGUUUUUAUUUCACUUGUGUUGUAAUAUUAAUUUUGUUUUACUUUGUUUAAAUUUUACUUUUGAUUUGACUUUCAUUUUACAUUUUGAAUUGUAUAUUGACUCGAAAAAAAAAGGACAUGGACCAAGAGUUUCCAUAGGCUGGCCCACGGAAGCCAUUGGAAAAAAAAUAGAGUGGCAUAGGCCCAUGGAGGCCAUAACCACAUCAGCUAUCCCACCAUGCAAUUUAGGCUUGAGUUUAUGCGUUUAGGGCAAAAGUAGGCAAGAGAAGAAUAGGUAGACUGCAAGUCAUUUCAUUAACAGAGGAAUUGGAAUAUCUUACAGUGCAAAGAUUUUCUCCGUCUGUA